AUGACGAAAACAAAGGUUAACGGUAAAAAUUCCUCCUUGAAUAAUAAUUCACCAUCUUCUUCCAUAAUUAUUAGUAAAAGAAUUACCCGUAGUUCAAUUAAAAAUAAAGAAUUAAAAGUUCAUCUUAAUAGGCUUCAAAUCAAUAUAAAUCAAACUCAAUCUUCUUCUAAUAUUUCUAAAGAACUACGGGUAAUAUUAGAACCUCUUAAUUUUAAUCUUCAUCAUUUAACUCCCUUGACCGUUAACCUUACACGUUUAGAGGACACACCCAAUGUAAGUCAAUUAACACCAAUUAAGACUCGAAAUUGGUCAAAUAAUUUGCGUCGCGUUAAAAAUAAAAACAAAAAUAUUUUGGCAAGUUCACAACAAAAUCCACCUCUUCAAAAUUUGCGUAUUAAUAUAAACAGAUUACCGGAUAUUAAUCAACAAACUCAACACGAUCCCAUCAUUGAACAACAACCGCUUCAAAAUUUGCGUAUAAUUUUAAAUAGAUUACCGGAAAUACCACAACCGACAAACGUAACUAACGAACCACCGAGGAGGGCUCCGGUAAUCACUCCUCAAAGAUUAACGUGGCAACAACGUAUGGCUCUUAACAACAUAAAUAGAAACGUAAGACCAACGCGAUCAUACCGUGAUGGUAUUACAGUUUCCGCGGCGGAGGUGGAAGAAAUUUGUGCAAAUCGGGUACAUAACUUAGGCCCGAUGGAUAUAACAUGCCUCCAUUGCGGUGCGAUGUUCUUCCCAAUAGAACGUCAUGCCGUCAAAGGAGUAAGAUCUUGGACAUGUUGUAAGGGCGGUAAAAUCGUGUUACCGCCUUUACGUCCGAUACCUGCAGAAUUGAUUGAAUUAUUCACCGGAGAAGGAGAAUGGUCCAAUCAAUUUAGGGAUAAAAUUCGGUUCAUCAAUGGUUUGCUAGCGAUGGCCUCCUUUAAAACGUCCGUUCCGGGAGAUGCUGAGAACCAAACUGGCCGUUGUUUUGCUAUCAGCGGUCAGAUUUUUCAUUUUACCAAUCCUCUACCAAAUACUCAAGAUUUAACCGCUCCUAGGUUAAAUCAAUUUUAUUUUAUUGACGUCGGUGAAGCUAUCGCUAAGCGUGGGACAUAUAUCGAAGGACAGGUCGACAGAACACUAGUCGAUAAAAUCGAACGUGUUCUUCGACGCGUUAAUCGGUAUAUUAACGCCUACAAAACCAUGGCCGAGGUUAUUCGCGAAAUACGAACGGAAUCGCGAACAUCAGGUAGAGGGGAUAUACUAAAUGAUGUUGUUUUGGCGUUUUGCGAUAAUAUCAACGAAAAACGUCGAACACAUCAUUUACCAGAGAGUCGUUCCGAUAUUGCGGCUCUUUUUAUCGGCGAAGACCCUCCGUUUGACGUCGAAUUAAAAAUAUAUCCUCGAGUGAGCAAUAUAACAUCCGCCCAGCCACUCAGAACACCAAGACCUACCGAUUCUGUUCAGACAGAACUUGACGAGGAAACUUUGGAGGAACUCUUUCAGUCGCAAUCGCAAACAAGACCACCACGAACCAUUCAACACCACCACCAGUUAAAAAAUUUAAAUAAAAUAGCAGAUCCGAUUUUCGAAAGAAAACUAAAAGAGUUCCUUCGAGGUUUCACAGACCAUCAACUUUACGGACGCGUACUAAACUACCACCUCAUCGUUGAAUUUCAAAAAAGGGGACUUUCACACUCCCAUAUCGUCUUUACAUUCGUUCAAGACGAUAAAAUACACCACGAACGCGUUGUUGACGCUUUAAUAUCGGCAUGCAUCAACUUCAUUAUAAGUCUCAAUCAACGGUCCAAAUACCAUCGACCAAACAAUAGCCGUAUUGUCUUACUUGCGAACGAAACAUUGCCGAUAGACAACCGUCACGUCGUCCCCUACAACUCUUACGCGCUCGCAAAAUAUAACUGCCAUAUAAAUUUCGAAGUUGUAGGAGCUGCGGCCAUCAUCAAAUACUUGCAUAAGCAUUUGAUGAAAGGAUGGGAUCGUGUAUAUAUUGAUGUUAACGACAAAAAUAAUCGCGUUAACGAAAUUCAUCGUUAUAUUGAGUGUCGGUACGUUAGUUCAACAAAAGCAGCCUGAAAAUUGUU